UCUCCUUCCUAGGAUACCUCGCAAAUCACACCCCACACCCUCUGGCAUCUCCUGUCCACCCCUCCCAGGAGGAAACAAUGGGGCCACUGUGACCCCUGCAAGAUUCUGAUGGCCUCACAAUGUCCCUCUGAUGUCACUGCAGAGAUAACCUUACCAUCCCCUGCACCUACAGUACAAGUCUGCUGAGGCCAUCGUGGGUGAACCUCCUUGGUCCUCCCUCUGGCCACCCAGGGGAAGGCAUAGGCCAGAGCUCUACGAGGAAACCUCUGAGGGAACCAGGAACAGGGACGCACCUCACCCACACACUGAGGAGCAGUGCAGGGGAUUUCCAGCUGCCAUCCUGGAGGUCCUCACAUCCAACUCCCUUCACCUACCGCAGGGAGAGAUGCAGAAAGACGCUUCACAGCUGCCUGCGUCUGUACCCUUGGCCUCAAACACUUCUGUGGGUGGAGGCCGGGAGGCCACCAUGUCAGGGGUCUCUAGCAAGAAUGAGACUAAAAGCCUCACUUCUUCCAAAUCCAACAAGAAGCCCACCAUUUCCAAGGUGAUCCUGAAGAUUGUGACAGACAAGGGAGCACGCAACCGUGUGUCCCUGGCCACCCUGAAGAAGACGGUUGCCACUAUGGGCUACAAUGUGUCGCACAGCACCUAUCACUUCAAGCGUGCACUCAAGGGGCUGGUGGACAAGGGAAUGCUCCAGCAGGUGACUGGCAAGGGGGCCUCAGGCUCCUUCCGCCUGGGCAAGAAGGGCUCCAAGUCCAAGCUCAAGGUCAAGAGAAGGCAGCAGCGGCGGAGGGCUGGGCGGCGCCGCAUUGGGCAGCGCCGUGCUGGGUACCGCCGCUCUGGACAGCGCCGCUCUGGACAGCGCAGGUUGCUAUUGGGCUCCAAACAGGGGCACAAGCGGCUUUUCAAGAGGGCUCGUGGAGUGGCCAAAUGCCGCUGCAAUUAACAAGGCAGGCCAGGCAAGAGGUCAGGGGCGCCAGGCCCGCCAUAGGCUCAGUGCAGUGGAAAUAAAAGGAGCCUAACUUAUUUCACACCUGCCUUCUGGAAUCUGGGGUUCAGGGAAGUCGGAGAAGAAGGGGAAUGGGGUGCAAGGGAGGGGUAAGGCCAUAGGUAGGGGAAUCCUUGGGCAAAAUGAGAGUGAGAUGAAUCUGGGAAGGGCUGGUAGAAUUGGAAGCAGCCAUAGACACAGCUAGUCCAACCACAUCACCCUGCAGAUGGAGGAUCUGAGGCCAGAGAGAAUGAUGGAGUAAUUUGUGUGGCAGAGCCUGGCCUGGACCUCAGGUGUCUGACUCAGUGGGGUGAGUGUAUGUGUGUGUGUACACACAUUGGAGCUUCUUAAGUUAAUUCUCAAACUUUCCUACAGGGGCGGCAUCAAGUCCCCUUCCCCUCUGAUACAAAAAUCUUUUCUAUGGGGACCAACAAACAAGAAAGCAAGGUCAGGGUAGGCCAGGCCCAGCAACUAACCAGCCCAGGGCUGAGGCUCAGCGGUCAAGGGUAGCUCAUAUUCCCAGAGUAAUCUGCUUUGUCUGUGCUGCCUAUGGAGAUUGGUGGG